AUGUCGAAUGCGAAAUAUGUUACAAUUGCUGGUUGUCCUGAUUCUCCAGUGUUUCAUAUAAGAUUAAACGAAAAUGUAAAAGCUAAUAGUAUAGAAGAAAAGGAAAAAUUUCUUCAAGAAGUUGUUGAUGAG